AUGAAUAACGAUAUUGAAUUCGAGCUGAUUAUCGGUAAUCGUCGAUCCGAACCCAGUGUCGACGUUUACAAAAUCAAAAUGAACCUGGCCAAAAUCGAGAAGGAAACGCUCAGCAUCCCAUCUGUUAAUCGUAUUUGGAGCUGGAAGCCGGGUAAGCGGGAUAAGCCGGAAUAUAGUAAAUUUAGUCCUGCAGAGAUCAAGCCAGUGCUCUACAAGGAGAAACCUGCUGACAAGGGGCAACAUGCUAUUCUAACUAUCGACGAUAUCUACGAUAACAAUACCAACAAAUAUUUGUAUUCUGAGGUGCUUGUACUGCCAUACAUCAAAGACACUAAUGGCCAUCCGUUGCCCCCGAAGUCUCCGUUGCUAAAGCUGCCGUUAAAUGGAAAUAUUGGUAACUGGCACAGUGUGGAGCUGAUCCCUGAUUCUAAUGGUUUACUCUGCUUGGUCGCAAUCGCAGACUCGUAUGGAACAGUACACGUGUUCACAAAAGAAGGAAAACGGAAAAACACUUUAAAAUUGCCACAUGCGCAUGGGCUCGUUUGGGAUAACAAAACAUCGACUCUAUUUGCACUUGGCCAUACGGAUCUGCAGACGUAUCAGUUAGACCCCAAGGAUCCCACGAAUUUAAAGUUAUUAACAACACUCGACUUCUCUGAACACUACGAAAAGAAAAAUGAGAGCGAGGAGAAUAAAGACGGUGGGCACGACCUAUGCCCUGUUCCGGGCGAGAGGAAGCUGUUUCUGACAACGGGUGAACGGACAUUUAAAUUCGACAUAGACGAGUAUGAGAAGCUCAUUCCGAAAGGAGGGAAGAUAUUAGAAUGCUAUAAUCUUAAGAAAGGAGAAAGGAUAUUAAAACCAUAUCAGCCAAUGUUUAAGAUAGAUAGUAAGUAUUGGCGAAAUAUCGCGUCAGACAAUGUUCCCCCAGCGGAGAAGGGGUUGAAAAACAGGGUAACACCUAUGAAAGGGGGAGUGAAAUCAAUCUCUCAGGUCCCCGGGACGAGUGUUGUCAUUGCUUUCGCGGCGCCUUGGUUCGCUGACGGUUAUGGUGUGCUGGCAUAUUACUACAAUUCGGAUACACUGCUGGUUGCCACAGGCCCAGAGGAUAAGCCUCUCCCAGAUGAUAAACUUUUAGACGUUGAUCUAACUAACAGUCAUAAGAUUAAAUUUUCGGCAGCAACCUUCUAUAAGGUGCGGGUCUUGGCCUUUCCCAAAUGA